UGUAUUUGGACUUAAGUCGACUUCAGGUUAGUUCAUGGGCUUUAUGGUUCCUCGGCAGGCUGCGUCCUGCACCAGGAUGAGUGCUCCGGGUGCGCAAAGGAUCUCUUGGAUAUGCGUUUUAAUCUGUGCGGGAAUAACACAACUUCACGGGUCAAACGUGUGCACCUCCAGAGGGGCGAGCACGUGCAAGCAGUGUCUGGCUGUGCACCCGAGCUGUGCCUGGUGCUUCCAAGAGGACUUUGGUCACGGGGUUCCCAGCUCUUCCCGCUGUGAUCUGAAGAGUAGCCUGGUGGCAGCAGGAUGCGCUCCUUCAGCUCUAGAGUCUCCAGCCAGUAAACUGCAGAUUAUUGAGGACCGGCCCCUAAGCAACAAGGCAGCAGGAGCCACGCAAGAUGUGACCCAGAUCAAGCCCCAGAGACUCCACAUCACCCUCAGGCCAAAUGAUGCCAAACGCUUCACAGUGAAAGUGCGUCAGGUUGAGGACUAUCCCGUGGACCUGUACUACCUCAUGGACCUCUCCUUCUCCAUGAAUGAUGACCUGUUCCGCCUCAGGACACUGGGGAAGGGCCUGGCCGAGGCUAUGAACCGCACCACCAGCAACCUCCGUAUGGGUUUUGGAGCAUUUGUUGACAAGCCGCUUUCACCGUACAUGUACAUUUCCCCACAAGAGGCUGUGAAAAAUCCUUGCUACAGCAUUAAUACCACCUGCCUACCUCAGUUCGGCUACAAACACGUGCUGUCGCUGACGGAGGAAGUUGGCCGCUUCACUGAGGAGGUGAAAAAGCAGAUGGUCUCCAGGAACCGAGACGCCCCUGAGGGAGGCUUUGAUGCUAUCAUACAAGCUGCAGUCUGCAAGAAGCAGAUUGGUUGGCGUCCUGGUGCGUCCCAUCUACUCAUCUUCACCUCAGAUGCAAAAACUCAUGUGGCUCUGGACGGCCGUCUGGCAGGAAUCGUGCAGCCAAACGAUGGGCACUGUCACCUCAACUCUGACAAUAUGUACAACAUGUCGACCACCAUGGAUUACCCCUCUCUUGCAUUGAUCACAGAGAAGAUGUCCGAGAACAACAUAAACCUCAUCUUUGCUGUCACCAACCCUGUGGUUGCUCUAUACCAGAACUACAGUGAGCUGAUUCCUGGCACCACAGUCGGAACACUGUCCAACGACUCGGGCAACGUUAUCCAGCUCAUUCUGAAGGCCUACGCUAAAAUCCGCUCCAAAGUAGAACUGGAGCUUCAACGUGUCCCAGCAGAGCUGUCCUUGUCCUUCAACGCCACUUGUCUGAAUGGAGAAGUCAUCCGUGGCCUCAAGUCUUGCUCCGGGCUUAAAAUAGGAGACACAGUGUCUUUCAGCGUGGAGGCUCGUGCUCGUGGUUGCCCUAAACAGAAGAAAAAAAGCUUCAUCAUCAAGCCGGUGGGCUUCAAGGACUCUCUCUAUGUCACCGUAACCUUUGAGUGUGACUGCAAGUGCCAGAAUAAAGCCCAGCCCAACAGCCUGAAGUGUAAUCAUGGCAAUGGCACCUACGAGUGUGGCAUCUGUUUGUGCCACCCAGGUCUAUUGGGGCCGCGCUGCGAGUGCGCCGAGGGCGACUAUAAUCCUUCGGAGCAGGACCGCUGCAGCUUGCCCAGACGGUCCCGGGCUGCCGUCUGCAGCGACCGCGGGGACUGUGUUUGCGGUCAGUGCGUGUGCCACAGCAGCGACUUUGGCAAAGUCUGGGGCAAGCUGUGUGAGUGUGACGACUUCAACUGCCUGCGCUACAAAGGUGAACUGUGCUCAGGCCAUGGCACGUGUAACUGUGGCUUCUGUCAGUGUGCACCAGACUGGCAGGGUGAGAAUUGUAAUUGCUCCAGACGUACAGACACCUGCAUGUCCACUGUGGGUCUGUUGUGCAGCGGUCGGGGACAGUGCGUGUGCGCGUGUGAGUGCACCCAGCCCGGCGCCUAUGGGCCGUGUGACAAAUGCCCAACCUGCCCAGAUGCCUGCACCAUGAAAAGUGAAGAAUGUGUGGAGUGUAAACAUUUUAAGAGGGGCAAACUGUUUGAGGACAACACCUGCUCUCAAAUCUGCAAGGAUGAAAUUAAGUUUGUGGAUGAAUUAGUGUUGCAUGACACAAAUGCGGUGAACUGCACCUAUAAGGACGAGGAUGACUGUGUGCAGCAUUUUCAGUAUUAUGAGGACACCACCGGCAAGUCCAUCUUGUUUGUUGUCAAAGAGGCAGAUUGCCCCAAAGGACCAGAUAUCUUGGUGGUGCUUCUCUCAGUGGCAGGAGCCAUCUUGAUCCUUGGUUUGGUGGCUCUCCUCAUCUGGAAGCUGCUGGUCACCAUCCACGACAGACGAGAGUUUGCAAAAUUUGAGGAAGAACGAGCUCGUGCAAAGUGGGACACGGGACACAAUCCUCUCUACAAAGGCGCCACAUCUACCUUCACAAACAUCACAUAUAGAGGGAAGGACUGAUGCUGCUGAAUAAGGAUGAAGGCCGAAACAGAAAAAACGUGCAGGCUUCUACUGUCACAAGAAGACAUUAGUGAAGAUGAAUAAUUAUUUGUGCUUGUAAAUAUGUACAAAUUAUGAGGACAUAUUUUAAUAGGGAUUUGUCAUAAACACACAUGCUGACACUGACAGACUGACGUUUAACUUGAGAAGUGGUAUGGUUAAAGGACCGGUUCACCCAAGUCAACUAACAAUCCAGGUUGAUCCAGAUAUGUUUUCCCCCUUAGGUUUUGAGACUACCCAAUACAAUGGGCAGAAAAGAGAUACAUAAUUCAGCACUUUCAGACAACAUUGUAAACAUGGAAAUAGCUUUGUUUAAGAAUAGCAGCUCAAGCUGUUUUUUUAAAUCUAUUUUUAAGAGUUAAAUAUCCUCAAAUUCCCAAGAAACUGUUUUACUAUACACUUAACUUCCCUAAAUUAUUUUUCUGCUGCUAGAUGUCACACUAGUUCCUUUUCAGAAUCAAAGUUUCCCUCCUCAGCCACUCCUCCACAAAAUUCCCUCCUCCACAUUGAGCAGCUCUCUAUGUGGAAAAAACCCAAACAUAUGUGGAUUGUAGUCUGAUCACAUUCUUGGUCAGGGGCAUUAUUAGCCUCUAAAUGUGAUUUUUGGCGUAUUUAUGAAAACUAUCUGGCCUCCACCACCUUGAAAAAAAUUAAACUGCUGAAUACAGGCGAGCAGUGAGUGCUGCUGUCUCUUUAGAACUGUAGGGAAAGGCAAUGUGGAUUCACAGGGUGGGACUCAUAUGCAUUAAACGUGUACACAUGGCCAGACUAAUAAUGUAAACAGUGGACAGAAAAGGUCACAGCACCGAGGGAGUGCUGCUUCAUUUUCUGUACAGGCCAGUAUUAAAACAAAAAUAUUUACAUAUAAAAUGCUUGUUGGCUGCUAUAUUAAUGUGUAAAAUGUCAUUUAGGACACCCGUAACAUUAGUGAAAUAUGUCCCUGAAACAGGUCAUUUUUUUAGAAACUCAAAAUAGGAUUUUUAUUUCAUUUUAUUUUAUUUUUUAGGAUGCAUGUACUGUUUUUGGAUACAAAGUUUAGAAUCUUUUGAAGACACCCAUUGACACAUUAGUCUGAUUUAUUUAGUGUUAAAAAAAAGCCUACCAGUGACCUUGACAUUUGAUCUAUAAUAUGACUCCUUUAAUUGUGAGACUGUUUUCUGUCAUUUGGGUGAGGUGGUCUUUUUAGGUCAGGACUGAAGCGCAAAUUUAUCAAAAUGCACAAAAUGUUUUUUUUUUUUAAUCAGAAUGUUCUGAAUUGUUUGUGGUACUCAGUGAGACAAAAGAAAGAAUCUGUCCUUUCUUCAGUCAAUGUGUAUGUGGUUUGUAGUAAAUUGUGAUUUCCUCAAACAAAA